AUCAAACCUCUUUGAGCUCACUAGGGUGUAGCAUCCUGCACACUGGUCUCUUUCUUGAGGACUAGGGAACAUGGCGCUGUGCAGGACUGGGACGUGUUGGCUGCAUGUGGACGGAGGGCGGCGGAGGAGAUGUCUGCUGACGCUGUACCAGUCCUGUCACUUAUCAACCAACCAGAAGCCACAAGGAGCGCUCUCUCUGAUCACCUCAAAAGCGAAACAUCUCAAUGCAAAGUAUGAACACUUUCUGGAGAGAAAGCUGCCGAACUUUUAUAUCUUGUACUCCACUUUUAUGAAAGGAUUGCGAAUGUUAUUUAUUGAUGGAAAAGAAGUCCGCGCGAUAAGAAGAAAGAUGAAAAGCCACGGGAUACAGUACCACCAGCUGCCUUAUAGAGAAAUGGAAAAAUUAAGACAGUUCAGAAGAGAUGUCAUCAAAGCUGCCCCCGUGAUCAUGAUUUCGAUUCCACCAUUUGCAAACUAUCUGGUCUUUGUUUUAAUGUAUUUUUUCCCCAGACAAUUGCUGAUCCGGUACUUUUGGACUCCAAAACAGCAGGAGGAGUUCUUGGAGAUUUAUCAUAGCAAACGGAAAGAUGUUUAUGAAGAUGUGUUAGACGGUAUGUUAAAGUCUGUUAGCUCCGUGACCGAGCAGACUCUGCAGGAUCAGAUUCACCAUCUGGUCACACAGGUACAGCAUGGAGUUCACCCAAAGGUAGCAAAUCUGCAGGAGGUCAGAGCAGCCUUCUCACAUCCACCUUUCUGUAUGAACAGUCUGGAUGUCCAGAAAAUGAAAGCUUUAAGCCGUAUAAUGUUCCUGACACCGCACCUUCCAGCUUUUUUCCUUCAGCGUCGGCUCAGGUCGCACAUUUUUGAAAUUCAUCACCUGGACAGCGCCCUGCAUCAGUUGGGAGUGAAAGAACUCACCGACGAAGAAGUUAAGGGGGCUUGUUAUAUCAGAGGGCUAAACUCGGCUCCCCUCAGUGCAGAAGACUGUAGGAAAUGGUUAAAUUGCUGGCUGCAGCUGUCAGGAAAGCUAAAAGAGUCUGAGGCCUCAUUAUUAUUGCACAGCAUGGUCCUGCUAUGUGUGAACUACCUCCAGUCUGUAGGGAAGUGACCCACGGACUGUCAUCAUUGACUUGUAUUCUGCUGGCUUCUUGGGCGAGGGCCCUAGAGAUUGAUGUCCUGAAGACUUGUAAAGCGUGCACUAUUGAAGAGAUUCUUUCUUUCUGGACUUAGUACGUUAUGUGAAUCUUCCUUUUCUCAGAAGACUUAUUCUGCACGGGUACAUUUUUUAAAUCUUUCGUGUAAAACAAUGUUUAUUCGGAGAUGAAAACGUGGCCAGAUCAGGACCAAAUAAAUAUGGAAAAAUGUUAGUCUCAGAACAGCUUGAAGAUCUGACAAUUCUUAUCAAAGAACCAUCAAACCCCUUUUUAUGAUAUGGCAUCGUGAAGUAUCAAAGGUUUGGAUCUGUGGGGUCUGAGAGCUGAGACCCCCGCCAGUUGCUAAAAUGAGGAGAUAGCUCAAGGAGCCUGGCCUCUCCCUUCUGAAGAUGGGCUCUAUAGCAAGGUCGUGUGCCCAUCUGCAGUCCUUUCUCUCUCUUCAUCUUAGCGCUUGGACCCCACCGAUCAAAACUUUUAAUGUUAUAAUGACAUUUCAAAAGUUUUUUGAAAAAGAAAAAAAGUCUGCUCUAUUUGCAACGAAACAGUGUCGCUCUGGUGUCCAGUAUUGCAUCUAAUCCCCAUUUCAGUGAAUGGCUGCAGUGCCAGACUCCACCCCGUGAAGAAAAUGGUGCGGCUUCUGAGCAAUAAAAAGCAUACCCCUUGGGAAAGGACCAAUUUGCUUUGUAGGUGUUGAGAAUGUACUGUAUACGAUGUCAUUUGAUACUACUGAGAAAUGUUGUGGAUUAUACCGCUUUGUUUAAAAGAAGAACUAUUAGAUUGGUGGGGUUCCUACCGCUGGGACCCCCACUGAUCACAAGAACAGGGACUUUGUUAAUUUCAGGGGGCUCCACUGGGUACAGAGUGGCCGCUACCUUCAUAUCUACAGGAGUUCUGGAGAUAGCCGAGUACAGUGCUCCACUAUCUCCAGAAAUGCCAUAGAAAUGAAUGGAGCAGCUGUGUGCAUGUCCGGCAGGCCACUCCAUUCAUUUUGUGGAGGUCCCAGCGGUAGGACUCCCACCAAUCUAAUAGUUAUCCCCCUAUCCUGUGGAUAAUUUGAAGGCCCCCCCCUUAAUUUCUCCACCAUUGUAUACUGAACCACUGUUUUAAAAUUGUCCCAUUCAGCAGAGAUGGAGGGGAACGUGUCUCCUUCGGCUUCUAAACCAGUGGCACUUUGUACAAACCACUCUUGAGUUGUUGUUUUGUUUUUUAUAUAUAUAUAUUCAGUAAGUACUGUAGCUUAUGUAUAUUUUACUUUUGUUAAUGCAGCAGAACUGUAAGUAAUGUGUGAAAAAUAUAAAGCGGCUUUUAAGACUAACGCCAUCAGGUUUUAUGGUGAUAUGUACACUUUGAUCUUAAACACAGGUGACAUGCUGCAGUUCCAUGACAGGACUGUGAGAGGUGCUGUAAACGUCUGAAUGUUUUAGAAAUAAAUAUGUUUAAAA